GAAACGAGGAUGAAAGUCGUCUGGGUGUCCGACACGUGUGUACAUUGUUUAUGGCACACGUGCGUUUUCCCGUUUUGUAUGCACAAUUUGCAUUGAUUUGUGUGAGAAACUGUUUCUGUAAAAAUGGGGAAGACUCCGAAGAAGGAAAAGGAAAACGCAGAGGUGCCAUCAGAGCCAGCUGAUGAAAAUGAACACGAGUUGACUUAUGAAGAUCUAGUGCAACGGCUGGCGCCAAUCGCUAACCCGCUUGCGUCCAAAAAACUGACCAAGAAAAUUUACAAAACGGUGAAGAAAGCUUCCAAAGUGAAAACGCUCAGAAGAGGAGUCAAAGAAGUUCAGAAAUUCAUCAGAAAGGGAGAAACAGGGUUUGUUGUCUUCGCUGGUGAUGUCACGCCCAUAGAGGUCAUGUGUCACCUUCCCGCUGUUUGUGAGGACAGGAAUAUUCCUUAUGCUUAUGUUCCGGCGAAGAAGGAUCUAGGAGCAGCAAUGGGUGCCAAGCGAGCAACGUGCUGCAUCCUCGUCAAGACUCACGAAGACUUCUCAGACCUCUUUGACGAUUGCCUCCAAUUGAUCAAACAGCUCCCGCCACCUAUUUAGUCGAUCCUUUUUUUUUUCUUUGAUUUAUUUUGUUUUGUUUUGAAGAUCAAGCAGCUGUUUUAGAUUAGCUGUGCAACACCAGACAUAAUACCUUUACAUUGCAACCCGCCUGACAAUUUAAGGUCAUUUGAGGGGGCUAUUACAAACGCCUAAUCCUAGCCUGCAACCACUUGGGUAAAUAAUAGGCAGCAAGUUUGCCUUUUUUUGGUUUGACUGCUUGUUCUUGAACUAAACGUCAAUAUUUUGGCACAUUGGCUUCAGGCACAUUUUUCAAGAACUGCAAUGCAGAUGUACAGUUUGCUGGGAAUGGAUGAAUUCUUCAAAUAAAAAAAGCAAAGGACAUCUUUACUUCACUCAGAUGAAAAGAAAACAGUCCAUCAUUAGUUUAUUUUAAAUAAACCACGAAGGGAAAAUUUGAAAAGUUGUUAUAAAAAGCCGUUUCCUCUCAGGGUGAUCUCCGUUUGCUAUUUCCCAGGUUUUGCAGCAUUGCUAAUGUUGCUAGCAUUGUGACUUUGGGCGUGAUCCCUGGCUAAAUGGCAUAUACGGGUUUAUGGCUUCUGACUAGCGCCCCUUGAACAAAGACAUUCAUUCAAAAUGGGGAACUGCAAACAUAGGGCUGGAUAGCUCAGUUGGUAGAGUGCUGGAUCGGUAAUCUUGAGGUCCCAGGUUCAAACCCUGCUCCGGUCAGGUUUCUUUGCUUAACUUCAAAAUUAUUGAUAUAUUUCAGAUUUUAGAUAGCUGUGCACUGGAUGCCAUUAAACUUUUCUCCUCAUUUACUAUAAUUUUCAAAUGCCCAUUAUUAAACUAAUAUGCAUUGUCUCCAUUGUAUGUUUUGAUGAGUACAUUUGCUGAGUUUCUAAUAAUUUUGACUGCUAAAAAGGGGUCUAAAUUUUUUUUUAUUUAAAACUGUAUUAACAUUCUUAAUUGAUAAUUUCUGUUAUUCGUAUUCUCACAGACAAGAUAUUUCAUGGCAUUUUAAGAAAUUAAUAAUGUAAAUAAAAACUAGUUGUUUUUCCUGGUAUA